GUGUUGCAACAGAGACGAUGUCUGGUCUCUUUUUAACAUGCUGUAUCUUUCUUUUAAUGUUUUUUGGAGUACGGAGCAUGACAAUAGUUGGACUGGUUGGGGAAACAGUUACACUGUCCUGCAACUACAACACCAGGACCCACCACACUACAAGCAUAUGCUGGGGAAGAGGAGAGGUGCCCUGGACCCAAUGCUCGGACACCCUCCUGUCAACCAAUGAUGAAGGCAGGAUAACAUACAGGGAGUCGGAAAGGUAUCAGCUCCAAGGAAGAGUCAGAGAGGGGGAUGUCUCCCUCAGCAUUCAAAAUGUUCAAGAAAUUGAUAGUGGCAUCUAUGGCUGCCGUGUGGAGUUACCUGGAUGGUUCAAUGACCUAAAGAUCAACAUCCAUUUGACUAUCCUUAAAGCACCUGAACCCCCCACCAGUGUCAUCACUGAAGCAUUUGGUGGAAAUCUGGCCAUUACAGAGGAUUAUCAAGAGCCAGUUGUAAACCCCGUCCACUCAAAGGAAAGCACACUAUUCUGGCCACAGAACAUAGUAAGAGUGGCCGCUGUAUUUGUCAUGACAGUUGCAACACCAGUCUUUAUUUAUGCAGGCCUGACAAGAGUCCUGAAGAAGAAAUCUCAUGAAGGGACAGCUUAAACCUCACCAAGAUCUAACUUAUUUCUAACUUGUACUGACAUAUUGUCAGCUAAAAUGCAGUAAACUUUGUUUUAUUAUUUUUUUAAGAUUCAACUUUAUUGUCAUUGUACAAUUACAAUAAAGUACAACAACAAUUCAAGUACAAGUGAAAAGACAACAAAAUGCAGUUUGUGUCUAACUAGAAGUGCAAAAAAAAGCAGAAAAGUGCAAUGUGAUAUACUGAGAGAAAGUGAAGUGUUCUGUUCUAGUGUCUCUCUAGGUCAUGUUGACACUAAAAGUAUGCUCCUGUGUUGUGACUCUGUCUGAUAUCUGUACUGUUCCUAAAGGCGCCAGGGUUUCGUGUCAACAGCCAUUGAUUAGGGAAGACUGGAUGUCUCCUGACUUUGCCACUGUUACUGAAUGAUUAUCUAUCUUUUGCUGUUGAGUACUUAAACCCUAACUAUUUCCUUGUCUAGAGCUAAUGGAUCUCUCCCUUGAUGCGCAUCAUUGUAAAACUCUACUCCUGAUUUUUCCUACCAUUGGUCUGACUGGGUCUUCAUUCAUCUGUGGUAUCAAAAUGACCAUCAAUACAAAGUAGACAGAUGGUGCAUAGUACAAGAUAUAUAAUGCAGUGUAUACAGUAGUAUACUGUUUGUUUACAAAAGGUGGUUCACAUGAGUAACAUAAAUAAACUAUAAAUAUGUGCAGUGUAUUAGCACUUACAUUAUAAGAGCAGACUAUAAAUAUGGCUAUGCAUUAUGAACAAUGUAUGAACAACAUGUACAGAAUACUGUAUGUGCAGUUUAGCAGCCGUAUAAGAGUAGUACAAAUUCAAAAUACUGUCCAAAUUAUGCACAUUUAUGGACAUAUUUGAACCUGUCUUGGACCAGUAGGCCCACUGAUAAACAACCAAUCGAGUAUGCUGAUAUAAACAGAACACAGUAUGUGUGUGAUCCGGUCCUUCUUAAAUGUAUUUGUGAACCGCUCAUAUUAACAACUGAUCUGCAAUGCUACCACCUUGUGGCUGUAGGAUGGCAGUGCCUUUUUUCCCUUGUAUUUUUGCUCAAUCGUGUGUAGACUGCUGUCGAAACUUAACUUAAACCUCAAAUGUAGUACACAAU